GACCCCGCUCCUCCCUCGCCUGCCUCCCCCCUCCCAGCCCCGGACCCGCCAGUACCGCUACCUCCGCCAGUGUUGCCACCAUCAGCACCACCUCCACCUCCGCCACCGCCACCGCCACCACCGCCGCCACCACCACCGCCGGCGGCGGCAGCAGCCAUUUCAUCUCCACAGAAACCAGACACAAAAACAUGGCAGAAAUGGAGAAAGAAGGGAGACCUCCGGAAAAUAAACGGAGCCGGAAACCGGCUCACCCCGUGAAGAGGGAGAUCAACGAGGAGAUGAAGAACUUUGCAGAGAACACCAUGAAUGAACUUCUUGGCUGGUAUGGCUAUGAUAAAGUUGAAUUAAAAGACGGUGAAGACAUUGAGUUCAGGAGUUACCCUACUGAUGGGGAGAGCCGGCAGCACAUUUCUGUUCUCAAAGAAAAUUCUUUGCCAAAACCAAAAUUACCAGAGGACAGUGUUAUUUCAUCAUACAAUAUAAGCGCAGGCUAUUCAGGCCUUGCCACUGGGAACGGACUCAGUGACUCACCUGCAGGGUCAAAGGACCAUGGCAAUGUGCCCAUUAUUGUACCUUUAAUUCCACCACCUUUCAUAAAGCCGCCAGCAGAAGAUGAUGUGUCAAAUGUACAAAUAAUGUGUGCCUGGUGCCAGAAAGUGGGAAUCAAGCGCUAUUCCCUGAGUAUGGGAAGCGAGGUGAAAAGCUUCUGCAGCGAGAAGUGCUUUGCGGCCUGCCGGAGAGCCUACUUCAAAAGAAACAAGGCUAGAGAUGAAGAUGGACGUGCUGAAACUUUCCCCCAGCAGCACUUUGCUAAGGAAACUCCAAGGCUUGCCUUCAAGAAUAACUGCGAACUACUUGUGUGUGACUGGUGUAAACACAUAAGGCAUACAAAAGAAUACCUGGAUUUUGGGGACGGGGAAAGAAGGCUUCAGUUCUGCAGUGCAAAAUGUCUCAAUCAAUACAAAAUGGACAUUUUCUACAAAGAGACACAGGCCAAUCUUCCAGCUGGGCUGUGCAGCACAUUACACCCUCACAUGGAGAGUAAAGCUGAAGGCACCGGGGUGCAGCUGCUCACUCCAGACUCUUGGAAUAUCCCGCUAACAGAUGCUCGGAGGAAGGCUCCCUCCCCGGUGGCUGCAGCUGGCCAAAGCCAGGGCCCUGGCCCAUCCUCGUCCACCACCGUCUCUCCAUCUGACACUGCCAACUGCUCUGUCACUAAAAUCCCCACGCCAGUGCCCAAGUCCCUCCCCAUCAGCGAGACUCCAAGCAUCCCUCCUGUCUCGGUCCAGCCACCUGCCAACAUUGGACCUCCGCUGGGCGUCCCGCCCCGCAGCCCUCCCAUGGUGAUGACCAACCGCGGCCCGGUGCCGCUGCCCAUCUUCAUGGAGCAGCAGAUCAUACAGCAGAUCCGCCCGCCCUUCAUCCGCGGGCCCCCUCACCAUGCCUCCAACCCCAACAGCCCCCUGUCCAACCCUAUGCUCCCGGGCAUUGGGCCUCCGCCGGGUGGCCCCAGGAACCUGGGCCCCACUUCCAGCCCCAUGCACCGGCCCAUGCUAUCACCCCACAUCCACCCCCCAAGCACCCCUACCAUGCCUGGGAACCCCCCGGGACUGCUGCCCCCGCCGCCCCCCGGCGCGCCCUUGCCCAGCCUUCCUUUCCCUCCGGUAAGCAUGAUGCCAAACGGCCCGAUGCCGGUGCCCCAGAUGAUGAACUUCGGGCUGCCGUCGCUUGCCCCGCUGGUGCCGCCCCCCACGCUGCUCGUGCCGUACCCAGUGAUCGUGCCCCUGCCGGUGCCCAUCCCUAUCCCUAUCCCCAUUCUCCACGUCAACGAUUCCAAGCCCCCCAACGGAUUCUCCAGCAACGGGGAGAGCUUCGUUCCGAGCGCCCCGGGCGACUCGGCGGCGGCGGGAGGCAAGUCGGGCGGACGCUCCCUCUCUCCGCGGGACUCCAAGCAGGGCUCGUCCAAGUCGGCCGACUCGCCGCCGGGAAGCUCCGGCCAGGCUCUGAGCCUGGCGCCCGCGGAGCGCGGCCGUGGGGAGGUGGUGGACCUGACCCGGCGCGCUGCCGCCGCCUGCAACGUCAUCGUGAACGGCACCCGCGGCGCCCCGGCCGAGGCCAAGGGCGCAGAGCCGCCGCCGGAGCAGCCACCGCCCCCCGCGCCCCCCAAAAAGCUGCUGUCGCCCGAGGAGCCCGCGGUGAACGAGCUGGAGUCUGUCAAGGAGAACAACUGCUCUUCCAGCUGCCACCUGGACGGGGAGGCGACCAAAAAGCUGAUGGGGGAGGAGGCCCUGGCGGGGGGCGACAAGUCGGACCCGAACCUCAAUAACCCGGCGGACGAGGACCACGCCUAUGCUCUGCGGAUGCUGCCCAAGACCGGCUGCGUGAUCCAGCCUGUGCCAAAACCCACGGAGAAGGCUGCCAUGGCGCCGUGCGUCAUCUCCUCGCCCAUGCUCAGCGCAGGCCCCGAGGACCUGGAGCCGCCGCUCAAAAGGAGGUGCCUCCGAAUUAGAAACCAGAAUAAGUAAAAGGAACUCUCGCUCCCAGGGUACCUUGCAUGGUGAAGGGCGUGGAACAAAUCAUGUCAUGCCAUCCAAUGACACCAGCUGGUCAGCUCACCACCCCCCUCUGGCUAAAAUUCAAGCAAAUAACACAGCUUCCUGUCAUUAAACAUCUUGGAGGAAGCAGCCCUCCCUGGUGGCCUCCAGGCCAGAGAAGCCAGCUCAUCUUGGACCCACCAAGCUUGGGCCCAGCAUUCCCGCUCCCUCCCAUCUCUGCUUCUCCCCAGAGGAACUUAGGGAUUUCGCUGGUUGGAAACAAACAAACACUACCAACACGCCACAAGGACCAAUGUAGGUAUUCUCACCCCAUCUUCAAGGCUCUACGGCUGAGGCCGGAAGAUGUUAGGGACUGGAAAACAAGAAUCUUUUUUUAAAUCUUUUUAAGAACUGCUGUGGUUUGCUGCUACGAUAAGAAUUGUGAUUUGCUUUUAUGGUUUAGGAAGAGAACUGUUCACGUUUUGGUGAGGAGAGGGAUGGUGCUGGAGUCCAAAGCUUCAGAUUCGUCUCUACCCCAGCCCACGAUGCACUUUUAAAUGAAGAGGUAGAAUAUUUUAUUGGCUAAUAAACUUUUCAUGUUAUUUUUUACAAAGGCCACCUUUAUCCCUUUUGAUGCCAUAUUUUCAGUGUUACACUUUUAUGGCUUUUAAUUUUCGAUCCGCCAGAUGUGAGAAGCAGCAUGGAUAGUUUAUACUGUGGUUUUACAGAGACCGAAUGCCAGGAGAACUCGGUAAAUGUUUAUUCUUCUCAGCUUUCUCUUGAAAUGCCCCUAAAUAGCGCCCCAUUUGGGAACAGAGCAAGAGUGUUGAACUGAAGACCGAAAUGCCCUCAAGGUGUAAUAUAAUCUGAGGGGGGGAUAUUUGCUGGGCGUCAGGAAAGACUCGGAUGAAAUUUCAACCCUGAUGGUUUUCGGAGAUCCAGGAAGUCAGUGAGACAAUCUCUCUAUACGCAGAGUCCUUUCAUGAUAAUUGGAAUGGUAUGGACGAACCAAUGAAAACAAGAGGAAAAGUGAGAAAGAUCGCCCGGGAUUCUGUUUCACUGUUUGCUUUCUCCUGUCGUGCUGAAGAGAAAUGUGCAAUUCGAUCCUCGGUCAGUGGGUGGAGGGUAACAGGGUAGAUUUACUUGUGUGCACUUGUACAGUUGUAGCUGGGAGUCCAGAAGUCCUCUAGAACAUGUGUACUGGCACUGAGUCCGUGAGACAGUCGUGGAGUGCCCCAGUCUGAUGAGUAUAGAAAAAAAGAAAAGAAAAGAAAAAAAUUCCAAAAAAAAGAAGAAAACCUUAAAAAAAAAAUCAAAUCAAAUCACCUUGUGAUUCAGUGUAUCUGUUUACUAACUCAAAUAAAAGCAAUUGUUCCCUCGGGAGGGGGUCCGGGUGCCCCACCCCUCCAGGCCGCGGAGCCUCAGCGGGAGGGUGGCAGUCAUGGUUGGGGGGGCUGGCAGGGCUGGUGUCCCCGUACUUUGCGGCACUGGGGCCGUGGAUGCGUGUACAUACUGUAUUUCUAUAUACUCUUUGUACAGUCGAGCCAAGCUACUGUCUUACAGGUGCUCCUUAUUUAUUAGAGCCGCGAGAGCUUGGGGGACCCACCUGGCGAGCAAGCUCGCUUUUUAAACAUGAAGUGGGGGGUGGGUGGGAGGGAGGGGAUGCUCACAAGCCCAGGGAGAGAUUUAUAAAAAGGGAAUGAAAAAAACAACUUCCAACAACAAGUUAAACCAGCCAAGAACCCAACACCAAACCCACCUGUGAGGAGGCUGCAGCCCCUCUGGGUUCUCCUCUUCCUGCGGUGUCAGAUUCGUCAGACAAAAUAAACCUCUGAGAAACAACAA